AUGACUUCUAGAUCAAGCCUUUCCUCAGAAAGCUAUGACAAUGUAGCUACAUCGAGUAUUUCCGAGAAAUGCUCUAGUGACGAAGGUGUUGCGGAUGUGACGUCCAGACAGCGGACACAGGUACCCGUUGCGAUUGUGGGGAUGGGAUGUCGUCUCCCAGGGCACAGCACCUCCCCAACAGCAUUAUGGGAUCUCCUCGAACGCGGCGGCGUAGCCAAAAACGAACCGCCACCAUCAAGAUUUAGUUUGGCCGGCCAUUACGACAAAGCCAACCCAGGACGGCCCCGGACUAUGAAGUCUCCCGGUGGCAUGUUCAUCGAAGACGUCGAUCCCGCUUUGUUCGAUGGCCAAUUCUUCAACAUCAGCCGCACAGAAUGCAUUGCUAUGGACCCGCAGCAACGGCAGAUGCUGGAGGUGGCGUACGAAUGUCUCGAAAACAGCGGUACGCCCAUUGAGACGCUGAGCGGUACUAACACUGGUGUGAUUGUGGGCACCAACUUCAUAGAUUAUGGUGCCAUCCAGGCACGCGAUCCAGAAAACCGAGCAGAAUCAGUCAUGAUCGGUCUCGCACCCGCCCUCCUCAGCAACCGCAUCUCUCACUUCCUCAACGUAAACGGGCCCAGCAUGACCGUCGACACCGCCUGCUCCGCCGGCCUCGUCUCGCUCGACGUAGCUUGUCGCUAUCUGGACAGCUUCCAGACCGACGCCGUCCUCGUCGGCGGCGCAAACUUGUGGCUCUCCCCUGAGCACAACGAGGAGAUCGGCAUGAUGCACGUGACGCAGUCCGGCUCGGGGCUCUCGAAGAGCUUCGACGCGUCUGCGGAUGGGUAUGUCAAGGCGGAGGCGGUGAAUUGCUUCUUUUUAAAGAGGCUGGAUGACGCGGUAAGGAAUGGGGAUCCAAUUCGAGGGAUUCUUAGAGGUACGGCGGUGAAUGCAUCGGGGAGGACGAACGGGAUUGCGAAUCCUAGCUCAGACAUGCAAGCAGCAGUUACUAGGCAGGCACUGAAGAAUGCGGGUAUCAAGGAGGAGGAGUUUUACAAGACAAGAUUUCUUGAAGCCCAUGGCACGGGUACGCUCGCGGGUGACCCGAUCGAGGCCAGGGGCGCGGCGGCUGUGUUCAGCAAGAGCCGCGAAGCUAACGAGGAGCUCAUCAUCGGGUCGAUCAAGAGUAACAUUGGUCACUCGGAGCCUGCAGCCGGACUGUCGGGUCUCUUGAAAGCCACUAUGGCGGUGGAGAAGGGCAUCAUCCCAGGUACACCGACCUUCUUCAAACCAAACCCCAACAUCGACUGGAAAGGCCUGCGUAUAAAAGCCAGCCGGAUGUCCAUGCCCUGGCCAAAGGUAGACGCAGACAAUAUCCGCCGUGCAGGCGUGAAUUCCUUUGGAUACGGAGGUGCCAACGCACACGCCGUGGUCGAGAACGAUGCUCAAGGACUUUCCCGGCACGUAUCCUCAUACAAGCAAGUGACGACUGACUUCUUUGACGAUGAUGACGACGAGUUUGACGAGGAUCAGGAAGAUGGCACCCAAGCCACUCCAACUCUGCUCUUCUUCUCGGCAAACGACCAGUCUUCACUGGACGAGUACAUCAAGAGGUUCAGCUCGCACUUGCAGAACCCACUGGUGUCGCUUGAUCUCGGAGACCUAGCGUAUACCCUCUCUGAGCGACGAAGUAGACACUACCAGGGCGCGGUGGCUAUCACGCGUGCUAACCCGCAGCACAUCAACACGGACACCCUGAUCCGCGGCAAGCGGACGUCGACCGCGCCUCGCGUUGCCUUUGUGUUCACUGGGCAGGGCGCCCAGUGGCCGACCAUGGGAGCUGAUCUUAUCAGGGACUUUCCCCUAGCUAGGAGCACGGUGGAGUACCUUGACAGCGUGCUCCAGAGUUUACCCAGUCCACCGUCCUGGUCGCUCGUGGACGAGCUGACCGCCAAACGCAGCGUCGAGGCCCUGCGGCAGCCUGAGUUCUCGCAGCCCUUAGUCACAGCGCUGCAGAUUGCGCUUCUCCGCGUGCUGGAAGACUGGGGUAUCUCACCCGAGGCCGUUGUUGGCCACUCCUCUGGAGAAAUCGCGGCGGCAUACGCUGCGGGUCUCCUGAGCGACUCCGACGCUAUUAAGGUGGCCUACUACCGUGGUCAGUCGUCUAAAAAGACGGAAUCAGGUGAGGCCGUGGGUAUGCUCGCUGUUGGCAUUGAUGAGGCGGCGCUCGCGGGGUAUCUUGAGGCAAAGGCGAACAAGAUCCAGAUUGCGUGUUACAACAGCCCGAGCAGUCUGACGCUAUCCGGCCUCGUAUCCGAGCUCGAGGAGCUGCGCGACCGAAUCCAGGCCGACGGGCACUUCGCCAGGCUACUUCUCGUCGACCUCGCAUACCACUCUGACUACAUGUCCGAGCUUGCUGAGGUGUAUGAAGGCAUGCUGCACGAGGACGGGUUGUUCCAGAAGACAGCCACGCCCCGCCCUAAGACACGCAAGCCCGUUGCCAUGUUCAGCUCCGUGACCAGCGCGGUUGUCGACCCAGAUAUCAAGCUCGACGCCGCGUACUGGAAGAAGAACAUGGUGUCGCCCGUGCGCUUCUCGUCUGCGACGGCGCAGCUGCUCAAGCAGACCAGCGCUGACUUCCUCAUCGAAUUAGGCCCCAGCAAUGCCCUCGCGGGCCCGAUCGCUCAGAUCAAGAAGGGCUUGGACAAAGACGGACAGUAUACCUCUGCGCUCAAGCGAGGUGCCGAUUCCACAAUGCCCAUGUACGAGGCGGCCGCGAAACUGUUCCUGGCAGGAGACCAGCAGGUCAGUCUUGCAAAGGUGAAUCGGGUAAGCCCACAGACGUCGAAGGUCAUUGUCGAUCUGCCAAACUAUGUGUGGAACCACUCGACGCGGUAUUGGCACGAGACGCGUGCGAGUAAGGAGUGGCGGUUUAAGAAAUUCAUUAACCAUGACUUGCUCGGCUCGAAGAUCAGCUCGGUUGGAUGGAACGCGCCUAUCUUCAAAGCCAACAUCAAGCUGGCGCAUUUGCCGUGGUUGAGGGAUCACAGGUUGGGCACUGACGUUGUGUUCCCGGCCACCGCUUAUAUCGCAAUGGCUGUGGAAGCCAUGUACCAAACAGCCAUGGUUACCAAAUGGAACCAGAAGGAGCCUGAACGCUACCGCUUCAAACUUCGCGACGUGAAGCUUCUCCGCGCUCUAGUCCUCACCGAGGACAGGGAAACCACCAUCUCACUGUCGCUCACGCCCGUCAGAGGUUCGACCGGAUCAUGGUACGAGUACCAAAUGUGCUCCGAGCAAGAUGGUCUCGACGUAGACGUCGUUCACAGCAGCGGUAUGGUUAGCGUGGAAACCGACUACAAAGACUUUACCAAAACUGUGGAGCCGCUCGAGCUCGCUACAAGCGCGAAGCAGUGGUACAAGACCAUGGCCGAAAUGGGAUACAAUUUUGGACCAUCCUUUCAGAAACAUGUGUCGGUUGAGUCGACGAUGGGACAGCGUCAGAGCAGGUCGCUUAUUAGUCUCGAGGCUCCUCCGUCGCAGCCCGAGGGUCAGUCGUGGUACCCGCUUCAUCCGGGUGUGUUGGAUGGGUGCUUCCAAGCUACAACGCCGUCGCUCUGGAAGGGCCAGCUGCCUCAGGCGGGUGACCCAGCGCUCGUGCCUAAGGCUAUUGAGAGCAUGAUCAUUGAAUCCGGAAGUGCGCGUAAGUUGCGCGCUGCGAGCGAGGGCAUUGCCUACGCGUCUGCACACUACCUGGGUGCCGGAGACGCCGGGAAUGCGCGCAACUACAGCACCAGCGUCGAUCUGUACGACCCCAAGGAUGGCGCACUGUUGUUCCAACUAAAGGGCCUGGCUUGGGCGGAGAUGGAAACGAGCGACGAGGAGAAAGUGCCCCACCAGUUCAUGCAUGUGAACUGGGACGCUGACAUCGACAUGCUCAUAGAAGGGGAGCCGACUCUGAGCACGACCUGGUUAGACUCCAGGACUGUGCAGCAAGUCAUUGAUCUGGUGGCGCACAAGAGCCCGGAACUCCGCGUCCUGGAGGUCAAUCUGAGCACCCUGGAUGGCUCCAAUCUCUGGCUGGAGCAGGGCGAGGAUGGGACUGACAACCCGGUCCGCGCGGGCUGCUCGCAGUACCACUUUGCCGUCCGGGAUCCUAAGACGUUAAUCCAGGCCCAGGAACGGUUCAGCUCGCGGGCUAUCACGCCGCAGUUUCAUCUACUCAUGGAUGUCACCAAGCCUGCAACGAUUACUGGAGCGGACAGUAUUGAUCUCGCGAUCAUUAACCCGAGCCAAGACGAAUUGGUUGACGUGGAUGGGUUUAUUCAGGGUCUGGCUCCACUUGUCCGUGAGGGAGGAUUCAUCGUAUCGAACGGGUUCAGAGGCAUCGACUCGCUGGGAAAGACGAUCCAUCUGAGCAACGGUGUGAGCAUCUGUCGUGUGACUAGGGGUGCCGUCUUAAUCGACGGGGAAACAGAAAUUCGCCAAAGGAGCGUGACUCGCGUCAGCCUUCUGGACAAUGCUGCUCAAGGCUCCAUCUCGGAGGAGGUGGCGAAAGUAUGCGAGGACCUAGCCACACAAAAAUGGCACCUCGAGAACGCUUCUAACCCCUUUGAAGACAUCACCUCUAACACCGGCAUUGUAGUCGUAUUAGACGAACUCUUCUCCUCCGUCAUGCAGACCAUCGACGCAAAGCAGUGGGAGCUUCUCCAGCACCUUGCGAAAGUACAACGCCCCUUACUCUGGGUAACGAGCCGCAGCGCCGACCCCACGCGUGCUGCUGCUGUCGGAUUUCUGGCUACCAUCCGCGCUGAGGAGCAAGUGCCGUUCUUCACGCUCGAUGUCGAAGCCAGUACUAGCCGCACGUCUAUCGAUGCGCUCUCGGCAUGUCUUGGGCGGGUCUGGGACAUGACGUCCUCAAAGACGUUCGACCCGCGGGCAAGCACUGAUUACGAUUUCGUGGAGCGUGGAGGCAUUGUGCUCGUCAGUCGCGUGUAUAGAGACAGUGCGCUCACUUUCGGUCAGAGCACCAGCCCCGCUGACAGAAAGACUGAGGUCAUGAACCUGCGCAAAAGUGAUAGUUUGAUCAGAUCGCGAGCUGAGAAAAUGGGCAAUCUUGAUUCCGUGCACUUUGGCGAGGUGGAUGCAGAGUCUUCUGCUUUGCCCGAGGGUAUGGUGGAAGUUGAAAUCCAUGCGGCUGGUAUCAGCUACAAGGAUGUAGUCGUCACUUUGGGUUCCGCUCCUGGCGAUGAUACCGCUCUUGGCCACGAAGCCGCAGGCGUAGUCACCAAGGUGGCCCAGGGUGUAUCCAGGCUGUCAGUUGGAGAUCGGGUGGUUGUUUUUGACAAAGGCUGCUUCGCAAAUCGCAUUCACACCAGUCCCGCUCGCGUCCAUCGCAUUCCCGAUUCCAUGGACUUCGAAAAGGCAGCGACGAUCCCGACCGCCUUUAUCACUGCUAUACACUCCCUCCUAGACCAUGCCAGCUUGUCAGCUGGUAAGAGCGUCCUCAUCCAUUCUGCCGCUGGUGGCGUAGGUAUUGCCGCUAUCCAGAUAGCUCAGUACGUCGGUGCAGAAGUGUACACCACUGUUGGCACGAACGAGAAGAGAGAGUUCCUCAAGUCCACGUUCGGCCUGGCCGAUAACCGCAUCUUCAAUUCGCGCAGCACCGAGUUUGGCGACCAGAUCCUGUCCGCGACCGAUGGCAGAGGCGUGGACGUCAUUCUCAAUUCCCUGACUGGAGACACGCUGGACGAGUCAUUCCGAGUCCUUGCUGACGGAGGUAUGAUGGUGGAGCUUGGCAGGCGAGAUGUUUUGGACAGGAACAGCCUGCCUCUCGCUCCAUUCGACCGCAACAGUUCGUUCAGAGCCAUUGAUCUAUCCACGGGGAAGGCGAACGAUUCGCUGGUGGCCCAGUUGAUGUCGAAGCUGUUUGAACUCGUCGAAGGAGGGGCCAUCAAGCCCAUCACACCAGUCCAUAAGUUUGCGUGGACAGAUAUUCCAACUGCCUUGCAGUUCCUGCGACCUGGAACCCACAUCGGAAAGGUGGUGCUGACACAAGACAAUGAGGUCCACGUUCCGGUUCGGCGAGCGCCAAAGAGUCUCGGUCUCCGCGCGGAUGGCUGCUAUCUCAUUGUCAGCAGUCUCCGUGGUCUCUGCGGAGGUCUUGGCAUCUAUCUCGCUCAGCAAGGCGCAAAGCAUCUCGCUGUCAUGUCGCGUAGCGGGUACGCGGACGAGAAAUCCAGGCUGGUUAUCAAGCAGCUCGAAGCGCUCGGCUGCCACAUCGAUCUCUUGAUUGCAGAUGUGACGGAUGCAGAGGCUGUUACGAAGGCUAUGCAGCAGACAACCGUCCCCAUCGUCGGCAUCAUCCAGGGUGCCAUGGUUCUAAGGGAUCGCCCCUUUGAGUCCAUGACACUCACCGAGUACCACGAAGCCCUGCAAUGCAAGAUCCGCGGAACCUGGAACCUGCACAACGCAGCCGAGUCCCUCGGCCUGAAGCUCGACUCCUUCACCAUGCUCUCGUCUCUUUCCGGUAUCAUCGGUCACGUCGCCCAAGCCAACUACGCUGCCGGCAACGUCUUCCUCGACGCGUUCGCGGCCUGGCGUCAAGCCCGUGGGCUGCCCGCCUGCUCAAUCGACCUGGGUAUCAGCGAAGAUGCCGGCGUCAUCGCGGAGAGCGCCAAGCUCCAGAGCUCAACAGAGAAAGGCAUGUUCCGGAGCCUGAACGAAGGUCAACUGCGCAAGAUCCUCUACUUUGCUAUGCUGCAGCAGCAAGAGACGCCAUUGGCAAGCGAUGUUGGCGCUGUCCGCGAGCUCGCAUUUGGCCCCAUGGUGACGGGCCUGACGUUCCCGCAGCCCGACGACUCAGCUCUCAAGGGCGAUGCGCGGUUCUCCCCGCUCUUCACCAGCAAUGAGCGGUCCAAGGAUCUCAAGUCUAGCGGCGAGAACGCCAACGCGGACAUCCAGGCGCUCUUUCUCUUGCUGCGCACCGAGUCUGCGGAUCCCGCGUCGAGACUGAAGGCCCUGAUCGAUGUGAUCAACGGAUGCUUCAUGCGCAUCCUGCGGCUUGAUGAGCCGAUGGAUCCAGAGCGACCGAUCAGUGUCUAUGGGACAGACUCGCUGGCGGCUGUCGAGGUGCGGAACUGGGUGAGGACGGAGUUGGGCUGUCUGGUGACGACGUUGGAUAUCAUGACUGCCACGUCUUUGACGUCCUUCUGCGAGAAGAUUCUCACGAAGCUCUUGGCUGCGGAGACGGCCGGCUGA